AUGGCCAAUCUUACCAAACUCGAGUUUACGGCUCUUGAUAUCACUGGAAAAAAUUAUUUGUCUUGGGUCUUAGAUGCUGAAAUCCACCUAGAUGCCAAAGGUCUAGGAAGUACUAUUUUACCUGGAAAUGAAGCAACUAGCCAAGACAAGGCUAAGGCCAUGAUUUUCCUACGCCACCAUUUGCAUGAAGGGUUGAAAGCUGAAUACCUGAUGGUGAAAGACCCGUUAGAAUUGUGGAAUAAUUUAAAAGAAAGGUAUGAUCAUCAAAAAAGGGUAAUUUUGCCUAAAGCUCGUUAUGAAUGGAUGCAUUUGAGGCUCCAAGAUUUUAAAUCUGUGACUGAAUAUAAUUCAGCAGUUUUCAAAAUAAGUUCUCAAUUGAAAUUAUGUGGUGAGAAAAUAACAGAUGAUGACUUAUUAGAAAAAAUAUUUUCAACUUUUCAUGCUUCAAAUGUGCUCCUGCAGCAGCAAUAUCGUGAAAAGGGUUUUAAGAAAUAUUCUGAAUUGAUCUCAUGUCUUCUUGUGGCUGAACAAAAUAACGAGCUAUUAAUGAAAAAUCAUGAGAUUCGUCCCACUGGAUCAGCUCCAUUCCCUGAAGCGAAUGUGACUGUACGCAAUAAUUAUCAUAUGCGUGGACGUGGUCGUGGUCAUGGCCGAGGCCGUGGUCGUGGUCAUGGCCGAGGCCGUGGUCGUGGUAGGGGACGCGUAAAUUACCGUUCUUAUGGUGGUGGAAGUAACAAUUAUAACCCAAAUACCCACCAAAAGAAGAAACUUGGUGAUGGGCAGAAAAAAGAUAAGAAUGGCCCUUCAAGAGUUAUUGAAAAUCAAUGUUACCGGUGUGGCAUGAAAGGACAUUGGUCACAUGAUGUGGAGGCAAAUUUUGCAUACAAAAAUGAUGAUAUCAAUGAGCUAGAUGAUGUUAAUGGCCUUAAUGCUAUGGCACAUUUGGAUGUGGCUGAUUUCUUUGAGAAUCAUGAUUAG